AUGUGCGUUACCGUUACGCGUCCAGUCUGUCUCGAUCCGGCACAGACACCUGAACCUGAGGGCCGGGCCAGCUGGGGCUCCAUCGAAGUUAUCCUGAUCCAUAACUAUGGUGACGGAACAGAGCUCCGGCAGUUGUGCACAUCACAUCACGCAACGUUCCAUCGCGAGAAUCCGUCUGUCACCCAUAUGGAACUCGAACAGGCCUCCUCCAUAUCAUCAAGUACGGAGUUCCCAAAUUAUACCAGCUACCUACCUAGGGACGCACGGGGAAAGGGUCCGGAGCUGGGUCCGGGUCGGCGAGGCGAGAAAAGAGGCGAGCAAAUCGUGAAAGGAUCCCAGGGCCAGCUACCCCCGGCCGCCGCCGUCGUGCCACCACCUACACUCAACUUGAAACUGAAAAUCUCCUAUUCUGAGCUAUCCUCACCUCCUGAUCUGUGCCUCUAUCUCCUCUUCCUCCUUCGUGCCACCUGUUCGAAACUGCGAUUCAAGCGACCAGGCUCAAGGGCCACACGGUACACCAACGGGAUGCGCGUGAUGCACGAUGCACGAUGUCGACAUUGCGACACCAAGAGCCCAACCCCCCGUUCAGCCGCCGCGGAUUAUGCGCGCUCUAUUUGCUUUCCUGCGCGCGCAGCAGCAGCAGGCCAGCUCCAGGCUGUGCUGUAG